CCUACGCGUUUGUUCUGCUCGGGAGCUCGCCCAAGAAGAAGACGCGGUCUCAGUUGACUAUCAUCGGUAGCGCAGAAAAAGGAAGUCAAUCAUUAAACUCACUAAGCCAAGAAAUAUAGCUACAGUACCGUCAUUACCUGUCGAUACCGAUAGCCACAGGAUGUCCUUAGGGAGAAGGACUUCUACAAGACAGGCUCUAAGGCAGCUCUCAACGUCGAAGCCCAAUCAAAGCGAAUCGCAGCCAUCACCAUCCGAAACGACGCGAGAGAAUACGAAGCCACAGCCGCAAGCGCAAUCGAAAUCCCACGUGCAACAACACUCUGCGUCUCAUGACAGCUCCGACGAUGAGAUUCUCGUACCGAUAAAAUUAAGUACCUUCACAAAAGCGCUGCUCAAUGACGGACAACCCGAACCUAGCGCCGUAUAUGCUAUACUAGGCGAGCGGCCAGCACCCCCAUCGGCCCAGCCUCCACCCAGGGUCUGCACACGGCGCAGGGCUCUUGCUGCCUCUACCUCAUCCACAUCAAAGGAUCGUGGCCAUCUGCGGGAAAGUGUUCGGCAGCGCGAGAUUGGGAGAGACACACGGGCUGACAGCCUGCAGCUCCCGCCCGCAAAGCCAACGUCGCCAGCCGCGUCCCAAAGUCGAGGUAGCAGCCCGGCUCCUAGAAAGAGAGUCGUGCGUCUCAGUUAUACACCAGGCCGCGGAACCCCGCAAAACGGGUUGCGACGCUUCAUGUCGGCGUCUGCGCAGAGGACAAGAGCGGAGAGCGGGAAUAGAUCUAUCGGAGGGGAGUCGCAUUUCCAGACACAGGCUGAGAUGGACGAACGGCAUCCCAAGCAAGAGUAUGCUCAAACAAGCAUCAACUCGCCAAUCUCAUCAGUGCGCACAGUCCGGAUUUCAAUUGAUUCAUCCGGACAGAGGAUCCGCUCAGCAGGCUCAUCAGCUAUUUCUUCCAAGCGUUUCGGGGCGGAUAGCGAUGCUGGCACACCAGAGAACCCUGCUACCGCGGAGCGGGCCAACGCUGCUGAUAAUGUGGGCAGCGUAUCACGAACUAACAACUCGGGCAAGAGAGAGGAUCUCGAGCUUCGGAGUACGACGCGCCUGAAGCGAGUCAUCAGAGUCUCUGGAAGUCUCCUCAGCGGGCCAGCUCGUCGCGGCCGACGAAGACAGACUGAAGAAGAUGCAGAAGCACAUGGCGAAGAGUCACUCACCGCCGCUCAGGAUCCUGAAAGUCAGCAAGCUCAGGAUCUUGAGCCUGCUGCGAUUGAUCAGCCCGCCAUGGCUCUCUCAACCUCAAAACUCCACAAUUCUACCGCACUCGGCAGUCCUUUUCAAACAAAGCACCCGAUCCCUGCCGCAAUCGGCAAGCAGGCAUCUCCGGUCCGCCUCUUUAACAUGCAUGCCCAACAAACUGCGAGCCACAACGAAUCACCACACCAUGAGCUUAUUCCAUUGCCAGAGAUCCUGUCGGUUCAUGCCAAGGAAAUCCAGGCUCCAGCGCCAGCAAGCUUCAGACGGGCCUCAAUAAAACCCCUUGACAAGGAGCUUAGCAAGCCAUCAAGGCCACUUAGUCUCGACACGGGAUCGGUUGCUCCGCAGCGGGCCCUGAUCUCCGAGAGAAGAGCUUUAGCCGUCAAGAGCCAGAAUACUCCCUACCGGCCGGCACCAUCACUGCCGCCCCCAAAGAUGUCUGUCGUCGAGACCGUAACGGCCACCCAAUGGAUCAAGAAAAGGCAGUUAAUGAGGGUCAACGGCAGAGCCUAUACGAGGAUAGGCUUCAUCGGACGAGGAGGCUCGGGUAAAGUAUACCGCGUUGCCACGGAGAGCGGGACUACGUUAGCCUUGAAGCGAGUUUCGCUCGUGCAUACGGACGAGCUUACUAUAGAGGGCUUGAGAAGGGAAAUUGAACUACUUCAGCGACUGCGGGAUAUCGAGCGUGUCAUUCAACUCAUAGAUUUUGAGAUGAACAGAGAAAAGCAGUCGCUCUGUAUCCUCAUGGAACUUGGCGAACUCGACUUCAACUCCCUCCUUAAGAACCGCCAGAGUGGAGCUGAAGCACCCAGCUUCGAUAUCGCAUUUGUGCGAUACUACUGGAAGGAGAUGCUUGAGUGCGUGCAAGCGAUCCAUGCGCAGGCGGUGGUGCAUAGCGAUCUCAAACCGGCCAACUUUGUACUUGUCAAGGGCCGGCUGAAGCUCAUCGACUUUGGUAUUGCCAACGCGAUCCAGACCGACAUGACGAUCAAUGUCCACCGUGAGACCAUGGCCGGCACACUCAACUACAUGUCGCCCGAAUCACUGAUGGACUCAAACCAAUAUGCUCUCAUGUCGAUCCACAAUGGGCACUCAUACAUCCCGGCCAGUGGCGCGCCCAAGGUUGUGAAGGUCGGCAAACCCAGCGACGUGUGGAGCCUGGGGUGCAUCCUGUACCAGAUGGUCUACGGCAUGCCGCCUUUUGGGAAGAUAGCUGAGCCACGGUUGCGCAUCCAUGCCAUUGUCGACUGGUCCAGCCGGAUUGGAAUCCCGGCGACAACGGAGGAUGGGUCGCGCGUGCCUGUCGCUCUGAUACAGACGAUGCGACGCUGCCUGAGUCGUGACCAGAAGGACCGUCCCACGUGCGAGACCUUGCUGUCUGAGGGCAACGACUUCCUCUACCCCAAAGAAUACAACCCAGCACUCUCUGCGGCCGGAGACGGUAAAAUUCUGCCUAUGACCGAAGAGCUACUUGGCCGCGUCAUCCAGAGUGUCGUACUGCGCUGCAAGGGAGGGACACCCGCGGACGACAUGGCCCUGGCCGCCUGGCCUAGCGCCUACUGGGCGAGCCUCAUGAAAGCUGUGGCACGACCGACGCCUUGAUCUCGAGAUGCUAGGGGGCAUGGGGCGGUAUCGCUGCUUGGUUCUUGGGGGCUGGCAGUAUAUGCCUUUUCAGUGACUUUUGGGUUGGUGCAUCUAAUACCGUGCUGCCUAGCUACCUGCCUCGCUCUUUUCUCAGCUUGGUGUAUGGUCGGCGGUUCAUGUCCUUGAGAUUUAUUAGCUGUGACUACGUUCUAGCGUGUCUCCGAGUUCACUACUUGAGAGAUAUCUGCGUUUCACUGCUAAUGAUGCUAUCAUUAUAACUCUUAGGCCUGUAUCUAUAAAUCUCCAUUAAGUGGAGAUCUCCUCCGGGACGAAUCUUUACGGUCCACGAAAAGGCGGCUCGAUACGACUUCCAAGACCAACCCGUUGCCCGCCACGAAGAGAGCCAGAAAGGAGACAGACGCGCAGCCUAGAGAGGACGAGGAACCAGAGCCGGCAAGGCCCUGUCAGAAGCCAACCUUGCCAGAAAAGCAGCUGCCUGUCGCAAGCACGGGUGCAGAUUCCGCAGAGCCACCAAGAGCAGUUC